UGGGUCAUAAUGUAAAUCUCUGGCUGUGGUGAUUUAACAGGCCGAGAGCCAAAAUAAAUUGGCACAGAUGGAUUUGUCAUAAGCACCAGUAGAUCUAGCUGUAUGUACACUGUAGCUUAUUGCCCUGUGACCACGCUGUCAACACAUAACCUGACUGUUUAUGGCCCUUGUUCACACACCCAGCCUCUACCAGCGGAGGAUUAUUACACUCUGCGCACCAGCCAAUCCGGAGGUGUCAGAAACAAAUAAAUGAGUAAUAGUGUUUGAUCAGCUGCGGAAAGGUGGGAUACAGAUCCUCAGAUGCUCAGGUGAAAGCUCAGCUCUGCCCCCUCCGUCACUGACACCAACAGCUCCUGGACAGACUCACACCAAAGAGAGCAACAGCUGGGUGACCUGAUAACACAGACAGUCCCGUGUUGGAUGAGAGGAAUCAUUUCAUUUUCCUCCAGCCAUGAUGAAUUUACGUUUUCUAAGAGUGAGGAACCCGCUGGUGCGAGAGUGCAUGGCUGAAUUCCUGGGAACUUUUGUCCUGCUGCUCUUUGGCUGCGCGGCUGCUGCUCAGGUGAAGACCAGCAGGGAAACUAAAGGCCAGUUUCUGUCGGUCAACAUGGCGUUCUCUGUGGGCGUCAUGUCGGCCAUGUACCUCACCAAGGGCAUAACUGGUGCUCAUCUGAACCCGGCUGUGACCCUGAGUUUCUGUGUGUUGGGCCAAGUGCCCUGGGGACGGCUGCUGCCCUAUUCCCUCUCCCAGCUGCUGGGGGCGUAUAUGGCAUCAGGGCUUGUCUUCCUAGUUUAUUAUGAGGCUAUAAUGGAUUUUAGUGGAGGAGUUCUGACGGUAUACGGUCCAAAUGAGACAGCAUCUAUAUUUGCCACCUAUCCUGCAGAAUACAUGUCUUUGGGUGGAACUUUCCUUGAUCAGGUAGUGGGCACCGGCAUGCUGAUGUUGUGCAUCCUGUGUUUGAAUGAGAAGAGGAACACCCCCGCUCCCACAGAGUUAAUUCCUGCUAUAGUGGCGGUGAUUGUCCUGGGGAUCUCCGUGUCAAUGUCAGGGAACUGCGGCGCUGCAAUAAAUCCUGCUCGAGACUUAGGGCCGCGCCUCCUCACGCUGACUGCAGGCUGGGGCACUGAGGUCUUCACAUGUUACAACUAUUGGUUCUGGGUUCCUCUGGUGGCCCCACUCAUCGGUGGUGUUUUAGGAAGUUUCAUGUAUACGAUCUUCAUCCACAUGCACCUGCCUGACCCAGACGACCUGGAGAACCACUCCACCAUCUCUACCAUCAGUGACAAAUGCAAGCAGGAAGACACAACAUGGGAACAUGGAUUUGAUAUCAAAUCCGCACAUUUAUAAGUGUUACUGAAUAAAAAACAUUUGCCCAGUAUGACACAAGCACUGCUGACCAACGACAGCAACCUGGU